GCCUAUUCAUCUGUCCUCGAAUUGUACAAUUCUCCUUAUUGCACUUCCCGUAGAGAAGUAUACGCAGCGCGCGGACCCCAAAUGACAUCAGCCCGCUUCCCCCACCCAAUGGCCUCUCCCACUCAAAUCCAUCGAAAUAAACUCCCCGCUUCAUCUCUUCCUACCCAACCCCUACAAACACACCUAUUUCUCUCAACACCACAAUCUUUCGAAUCUAACACGACUCCGCCCACCAUGUCCUGGUUCCAAAAGAACUUCACCCUCCCCUCCCGCAGCCGCGGCUCCUACCUCAUCACCGACACCGUUCUCGCCGAGCUCCCCGAGAUCCGCGACUACAAGGUCGGCAUGUUGAACCUCUUCGUGCAGCACACGAGUUGUGCGCUGUCGCUCAAUGAAAAUUGGGAUGAUGAUGUCCGGGCCGAUAUGAGCGAUGCGCUGGAUCGUAUUGCGCCGUACGAUCGGAAGGGAAAUUUGUAUCGUCAUUCUGCGGAGGGAGAGGAUGAUAUGCCGGCUCAUAUCAAGUCUGCGCUCAUCGGUGCUUCGGUGAAUAUUCCCAUUUCCAAUGGUCGUCUGGCGACCGGGACCUGGCAGGGUAUCUGGUACCUCGAGUUCCGUACCAGUCGGCACACGCGCAAGGUGGUUGCGACCAUCCAGGGUGAGAAGGCGUGACUCGGUGAUGGAGCAAACGAGCAUUUAUAACGGGGGGGAGGGGCCUGGGUUGAAGGUACAUUUCAUUUCUUGUUUACGGAUAUAAAACGGCCAAUUGGUUUUAUAUAUGGCGGCGCUGGUAAGAACACAGCAAACCCGUAUCAUUGCCAACUACACUGGCAGCACCACGGCGGACUUUGACUCGGGGAGACGGUUCAGGUAGAUAGUUAGAGCCUCUUCCACAAUCUCGGAACACGACGACUUAAAACACUUCACUUCGCCACGCAGCGGACGAACGGCAGAUCCAUUGAUCGAUAUUUCUGUACACGGCCUCGGGCCCAAAAAACCAAUAUAAAAUACGCAAGGGAAGAAACAACGCCGACAUAAGGAAUCUGAUGCUAGUCGUCUACCGCUGCUCGAGGCUACCCUCCGUGACGCGCUGGCUCUCGUUCACCUCGGCGGGGUCGUUGGUAGGCUCAAGGGGAUAGCUGGUAGCGGGGAGGGACUCGAGGUAGGUGCGGUGUUGCUCGUGAGCCUGUAGAUAUA